AUGGCUCCCGCCAAAACAGAGAUUCUGGUCGUAGACCAACCCGCUCUCCACUCCAAAACCGUCGCUACAGAAGAGGUCACACCACUUCCUGAUCUCGCUCCCCCGUUACUUCCCACUGAGAAGAUUGGUCCUAUGGGAUGGAUCCGAAGUCUUCUACACUUUGAGCUUGGUGAGAACUACAAUGCUGAGGAGACAACUUCUAUCCUCAAGAGGGCUUAUUCGGCGUUCAAGGAGCGUACGCCUAUUGCGGGGUGUGAGGCUGUUCCUACUGCUGAGUAUCUCGAGACUGGGUUGAUGCAGCUUCGUCAUUAUGGUGAUGAGAUUGAACAUGACUUUCUUGUCAAGGAUCUUCGAGAUGGAGAUUUUCCUAGCUUUGAGGAGCUGAAGCGUCGGGGCUACCCUACUUCAGUUCUGGAUCCUGAUGUUGUUUGUCAACGUGGUCUGGGUGGAGAAUGGCCUCGUGCUGGAGAUCGACUGAACACUACCAUGGUACAGCUGAACUUUAUCAAGGGCGGUUUGCUCCUUAACGUCCUUUUCCUUCACGCCUACAUCGAUGGAACAACAGCGUACAAGUUCACGGAGAUUUUCGCUGAAGAGGUCCGCAAAGCUCAGGGCCUACCUAUUUCCAACCCAGCCGAAAUCCCCUGUGACGAUAGGGCAAAGUUGAUGAAGCCAUCUGAUACCAUCGUCGGUAAGCCCGAGGAUCAUCCCGAAUACAUUGAAGUACCCUUCACGCCCGAGGGUCCCCCACCGAAGUUGGCUUCACCCAUCCACCACGGCCACAUCUUUUACUUCUCCCCUGAGAAGAUCCAGGAACUCAAAGAGGCUGCUGCGCCUUGCAACGCUAAGCUUUUCAAGUCUGAUGACAUUUCUUCUUACAUCUCGACUACCGAUGCGUUGACAGCUUUGGUCUGGCGAUGCACCAUGAUAGCCCAGCAUGGAAAGAAGGAGGGUGAGGAUAAACCUACUGGACUAUCUAUGGUUGGUCUGGCGCUUGACGCUCGUCGUCGAGCUGGAAAGCCUGUUCACAAACACACUCUCGGCAAUAUUCUUGGGUUUGCGCCCGCUGUCAUGGACAUCGAGAAGAUUCUAGAACAUGACGAUGUCAGCCUAGCAGACAUUGCUCUUGUUGUCAGAAGCGCAGUCAACAAAUCCAAAGACACGUACCUCGCCACCAUCAGCUCCCUCGUGGAUGGUCUCGGUAAUGUAUCACGAUUGAUACCUGCCAUCUUUCUCGACAUGCCAGGCAAUCAUGCCUUGUUCUCGUCAUGGAGAGAGUUUCCAUUCUAUGAUAUCCAGUGGGGUCCUGCCCUGGGUGACCAAAUCAAGGCUAUUCGACCGCCUUCAGUGGGAGUGACUCACUCAAUGCAUAUCAUUCUGCCUGAUCGACCUGAGGCAGGUCCUGGCGUGGAGGUGUUCGUCGGUACGGAGAACAGUGCGAUGGAAAGUCUAUUGGGAAACCCUCUGUGGCGACAAUACGCCCAAGGACCAGAGAAGGCGUAA